AUGCUAUCGGCGGCAUGCAAUGUGCACCUGCGCAGCUGGUGGCUCCUGCUACUGUUGCUGCUUGCUGCCAGCACUUCCGGGCGACCAAUGCAGGUGCAUCGACUUCGCCCCGCACGUACCUUCCAGGUCUCUGCCAGGGUCCAAGAGGCGUCUGGAAGCAGCUGGGUCACCUCGAACAGGCGCCUAGAUCGGGCUGUGGGGAGACUUGUCUGGUACAAGCGGGGAACCAGGCAGUCACGCUCCAAGACACUGGACACCCCUCUUCGGAAGGUACCCACCCCUUCCAACACCACCGCCCAACAUGCUCCAUCCAUCCAUCACUUUAUGUCGGUACCAUCCAUUUCCAGGCCAUGGCAGGGCAGGUUGGGCUGGGCGUGGACCCUUUGUGUUCCAUCACUGUGUUCCUUAUCUGGGUUUGCAUAG